AUGUGGGAGGAGUAUAUCGAGGAUCUGGAUCGCUCUAAAACCCGUGCACCAGAAGAUAGCGCGUACCAUCUGGAAUCCCUAGAGUACGCAUCCCUUCCACCAGUGUCAAAUCACUUGGAUCGGGUCUCCAGGCGUCCAUAACCAUGCUUUCAAGCAUAUCUGGUCCAAGUUCUUGAUCAGAGACCAUGAGACGAUCCCCGAGGACACUUCUCAAGGCAUUAUUGAUGUUAAGCAUAGAGAUGAGGAAAGGCAAUCCAUGGCCAUGCCUUCCAUUUCCACGAUGUGCGCAUUCAAUGAAACCCGGUUGGGCGAAUGUACACAUGAAAGCGUGCAGCAUUCUAUAAAGUUUAGCUAUGCUGAAGGAGAAUGGUUUGAAAACCUACUGGUGGAGCAAAGCAGAAAUAGCUCAAGAAUGCCAACUAUUUUCGAAGACAGCAAUUUCGUGGUUGUUGAGUACGUAGUUGACGUCAACAAAUAUUGUUCGAGUUGUCUCUUUGUAAUAAGCACCACAGGGGAAAUCGAGAGGAGGACCACCAUCACCGUCAAAGCGUUCAAAUUGAAGACGCUGAGCGAACCAGUGUUUUGA